AUGACUUAUAUCGCAAAUUCUUUGAAUUUACACGACAUAUUCAACUUAAGCCUCGCUUGUAGACAGUUCAGGUACCUCGUGAGCAAUGACGAUAUUUGCCGGGCUGCAUUGGAGACUCAUGCGCCGUACUCAGCUGAUUUCCUAGCUGCCCGCUCCUCGAAGCAAUAUGCUCGCUGCUUGCGGCGACUGGUCAAGCUUCAGGACGCUAUCGCCACUGCCAAGCCAUACACCACAGCUCUGGUCGCUCAUGCAGUUGACUUCAUCUACUGCAAUGGCACGCUUUGCUAUACGGAAAGUUACGAGGUGCUGCGUCUCCUCAACUUGCAUGCCUCGUCGGACUCAGAGGACAUCAUCGAUACCCGAAUGCUGCUACAAUCUGUUCCGGGGGCGAAUUUCGCCAAUAAUAAGUACAAGUUCCGUCCAAUAUACUUCGCCCAUGGAAUAUUAUCUUGUCUUUACAGCCCACCCAAGAACGAAGGUCGAAGUCGCUUGGUUAUCAUCAACGUGGAGAAGAGAACGCUUCUCACAACCCAACGUCUCGAGUCAACCUCUAAGCUAUUUGUGCGUAACAAUCAGGACUACCUCUACUACGGCACUCACUCGGUUACUGGGGAUGAUGGCUUCAAACGAUGGGUCCUACGACGAUUUGAUCUACAGACCAAGCAAUGGAUACCUGGUCACUUGGAUCUCGAAGACCUAGCUGGUUCAGAUAUCGGAGCCACCGUUUGUUUUGAAAUUAUCGAUGGCUAUUUCUAUGGCUUGUCCAGCCUGAACAGUUUCGAAGUAUACGAAACAGACUCGCUAUCAUAUUAUUACGGUUUUCGAUUGCCUGUCGGCAGUACCCAGCCUGGAGACAUGCAGCUGGCGUCGAAAGAAUCUAUGCUGAGACGAGAUCACAAAGACGGGCCGAUAGAUGAUCGAUGGAGUACUUUGCAGCUCGCGAAAGACUUGGUCACGGGAAAUAUUAUGGUGUCAGAAUGCCGAAGAGAAUGGCUUGUCAACGAAUCUUCCAGCGCGAGAACAGCCUACAGAAAGGAACUCGUUUUUGCGACUCCUCCCGUUGACCCUGGUGACAGAGAUACCGAAGCUGACACACACCAAAACCUAGUCUCAUUGGAGAAGAAAGAGGACACAACCUACGCUCACAGGGGCGAUGACGGCUCAACAUUGCCGACUAUAACCCUGAGCCACUGUUUUAUACGUUCUUAUAAUCAGGCUUGCGGAUCAUUCGUUGACCUGGUAAAUGAUCCAGUCGCUACCGAAGCGAUGACGCAAAGACCGCAAAUACGUUCAAUUUCUCGUUUCUCCCAAAGCGGAACCGGCCGGGUUCCGAAAGAGUCACCAGCUGACAGUUCUGCUCAGGUCUCCCACCAGACCCAUGGGCCUAACGAGAUCUCAUCUUGGCCACCAGAGGUUGACGUGAGCCAACGAAAUGUGCACCUUGACGCACUGGAUAACAUACUCUGUCCCAAAGGCCAGAGUACAUUCGGUAACAUCUCGGGGGUAAUGGACGAGCGCUCAUUGGUAUACGCUAUUGGGCAAAGAGGGCCUCAGACCAGACGUCCUUUGGUCUUCAUUUGUUUUGACCCUUCCAUUAAGCUUACCGGACUCGCUCGGUGGCCUGGCGGCCCAACAAGACCACCUUGCAACCACAAAGCGACAGAAGUCGACAAUGCGAGAGAUUCGGGGCCCUAUCCUACGCCGCAGUCCCUGCCGGUGUCUGCUCCUGGUUCGAGAAACUCUUCCUUUAGUGAAGGGUUCAAUCCUGACCCGUCACAAACAUCUGCCAACGUGCAGGAGGGCAUCGGCAGACCAGACGCGCCAUCCUGGAUAAGAAGAGCCUCGGCCGCAUAUUUACAACCCAUAUCUGCUCUUGAGAAUCCUGUUGGUUUCAACUUUGCGUUUUGCAAGGAUCACUCGGUCCCGUGCCGGUGUUGCUGA